AUGCUGGAAUCAAACUACACCUCAGUGUCUGAAUUCAUCUUCAUCGGCUUCUCCAGCUUCCCACAGCAGCUCAUGUCUGUCUUCUUCACGGUGUUCCUGCUGAUGUACCUGUCCACUCUCAUGAGCAACAUGCUCAUUGUGGCCACCAUCUGGAGCGAGCGGAACCUCCACACUCCCAUGUACCUCUUCCUGUGCGCUCUCUCCAUCUCUGAGACCCUCUACACCUUGGCCUUCAUCCCACGCAUGCUGGCUGACCUGCUCUCCACCCACCGCUCCAUCGCCUUCCUGGCCUGCGCCAUCCAGAUGUUCCUUUUCUUCAUGUUUGGCUUCACCCACUCCUUGCUACUCACCAUCAUGGGCUAUGACCGCUAUGUGGCCAUCUGUCACCCACUGCGCUACAAUGUUCUCAUGAGCCCCCGGGACUGCGCCUGCUUAGUGGCUGCAGCCUGGGCUGGCGGCUCAGCAGGUGGGUUGAUUGUGACAACCCCCAUUUUCCGCCUCCCUUUCUGUGGGCCCAAUCAGAUCCAGCAUUUCUUUUGUCAUUUGCCCCCAGUGUUGAAGUUGGCCUGUGGAAGUAGCGUGCCAGCUGUGACUCUGGGUGUGGGUUUGGUGUGUAUGAUAAUCCUGCUUAGCUGUUGCUUCCUUGCCCUCCUCUCAUAUGCCUUCAUCGUGGCCGCCAUCUUGAAGAUCCCAUCAACUAAGGGGCGGCACAAGGCCUUCUCCACCUGUGCAUCCCACCUCACAGUGGUGAUUGUGCACUUUGGCUUUGCCUCCAUCAUCUACCUCAAGCCCAAGGGCCCCCAGUUUCAAAAAGGAGAUACUCUGAUGGCCACCACCUACACGGUCCUCACCCCCUUCCUCAGCCCCAUCAUCUUCAGUCUGAGGAACACAGAGCUGAAGAAUGCCAUGAAGAAGGCCUUCCUCAGGAAAUUCUAUUCUUCAAACAACUGA